AUUAGAUAAGAAAUGUGUGUGGUGGUAUUGUUAAUCACAAUAUCAAAUGAUAUUAAUUCAAUAUGAACUGAACUUUAUUCUGAAUAAUUGGUACCUAAUAAAAUAAAAUAAAUCUUCUGGUAGCCAGGAGGUUCAAGGAUAGUUGUGGGUGCAUGGCGCACAUCCCCAGAUAACCGAAGAGCCGGCGCGGUGCGCUUGUGGCGCAACGCAGGGUCGGCGCCCGCGCCGCUCCCUCGCUACAAAUAACAGAAAUUUCGGCGCCGCCGCACAUUUACCAACAGACACCCAAUCGAUGCAAACUUCGCAAACAAACUCUGCAUCAAAAUAGAUCAGUCUCACACGUGCGAAAAUGAAGGUGUUUCUGACUUUAAUGUUCUGUCUGGCCAUGACACAAGGGAGAGUUACGCCCGACUACUUUCCGCAAUGCAGGAAGAGUGACCCAGAAAUAAAUAAGUGCAUCAUGCAAGCCAUCGAGGUAAUGCGGCCACGCCUGCGCGAGGGCAUUCCUGAGGUGCACAUUCCGGCUCUGGAGCCGUUCGCGGUGCCGACGCUGAAGCUGGACCGCACCCAGCCCAACCUGCGGCUAAAGGCUGUCGUCAAGAACAUCCGCGCCGUCGGCGGCUCCAACUUCAUCGUUGAGAAGCUUAAGUUGAACCUGAACAACAAGUACGCGGCGGAGGUGCGGCUGUCGCUGCCGAAACUGGCCGUGUCGGCGGACUACGACGUGCGCGGCUCGCGCCUGCUCGUGCUCGAGAUCGACGGCAAGGGCAAGCUGCGCGGCAACUUCACUGGAAUUUCUGUGAUCGCUAAGGGUGCGGCUAAGGUGGUGGAAAAGGAAGGCAUUCGCUACCUGCAGGCCGACAAGAUCGUCACUCGCGUGAAGGUCGGACACGGGCAGGUGGCCUUCGACGACACGGAGCGGCCGUUGGCAGCGGCGUCGGCGGCGAACUUCUUCAACGCCAGCCCAGGCGUGGUACUUGACAUCCUCAGCCCGCUGGUGGACGAGACGGCGGCGGCGGUCCUGAAGGCAUUCCUCAACAAGGUGCUGGCCAAGAUCCCCUUGCACGAAUUCCUACUGGAGGACGACCCCGCGCCCGCUGCUUAUACUGAACAUGCAAUCGAGCGAACGAAAUUUAAAAAUGGGCCCUCACAAAAUACCUACAUGAGACUCGAAUCAGAAAUCAUAGACCGCGAGCCAGGAACAGAUUUCGAUGACGUCAUGCGUAAUGUGGUAUCGACACCGAGAGGUAUACCAUGGGACACGAACGUUUUAGAGGACUUGGACUACGCGGACGACAUCGUGUUGAUUUCGCCUACUCUUGCUCAUCUAGAAGCCAAAAUUGAAAGUCUUAAAGAAGAGGCUGAUAGAAUGGGCCUGCGAAUCAACAGACCGGAGUGCCACUACAGGGACCCGGCGGUGAGCAAGUGCAUCGAGCGCGUGGCGACGGCGGCGCGCGGUGUGCUGGCGCGCGGCGCGCCCGCGCUUGGCGUGCAGCCGCUCGAGCCGCUGCGCGUGCCCAGCAUCCGCCUGCGCCAGCACAACGUGUCCGCGCGCAGCUUCAAGUACGACGCCUGGCUCGCCGACGUCACGCUCCACGGACUCACCGACUACUCCUUCAACCGAUUAGAUGUUUACCCGGAAGAGCUGAAGGUCACCACGAACAUCAGCUUGCCGCUUCUGGCCAUGUUUAGCGAGUAUGUGAUACUCGGGGAAUUCCAAAUGCUUCCCGUUGAAUCUACUGGGAAAAUGUCUGUCAACUUCACUCAGUGCACGGCGUCGAUCGAGGCGGUGGGCGCGCGCGCGCACAAGAGGCUGGUGGUGCGCGACGCCGCCGUGCGCCUGCGCUGCGCGGGCCCGUUGCACGCCGACCUCAUGGACGCGCACUCCUCCACCGGCGAAAUGGAAAUGAUAACGGAGCAUAUAGCGCGCAUGCACGCCGGCGACAUCGCGGGCGAGGUGCAGCCCGCGCUGGAGACUGCGCUGGCCAUGGUGCUGGAGGACGUGGCCAACAAGUUCCUCAAGCACCUCCCUGCCGACUCCCUUGAGCGAAGAAGUCCUUUCAUUAAACACAGUUUUUUUUUAAUUAAAAUGUGGAAAUUAAUAUGGCUCUUUAGUGGAGUCAGUUCAGUAUUUGCAGCAAUAGACAAAGGCUUCGUGAACUUCGGCGGGUUCGUGUGCCCUCGCGAGGAAAAGGCGCUAGGGCGCUGUCUACGCGAUGCUCUCAACGUCUACAUCCCGAAAUUAGCUACAGGAGUACCGGAGUACGGCGUGCCGGCGUGCGAGCCGCUGGUGGUAGGCGCGCUAUCGGUGCAGCAGGCGGCGGGACCGUUCGCCGUCACCUCCUCCUACACCGAUGUCACCGUGCGGGGCCCGUCCACCAUGCGCGUCAAGGACGUCCAAGUAGACUCUAAACAACAUAAAAUAGUGUCAGACUUGUACAUCCCCGAGCUGAGAGUGAAGGGCAACUACAAGCUAUCGGGGCAGCUGCUGAUGCUGCCCAUCGAAGGAGAGGGACAAUUCUCCGGGAAGUACGCGGAUAUCGACGCCAUGGUGUCGAUCUCGCUGGGGCGCGCGCCGCGGCAGCGCGCGCCGGACGCGCUAACUUGCGAGAGCCUGGCCGUCAAGUUCCACAUCGGCCAUGCGGAGCUGCAGCUCGACAACCUCUUUGGUGGAGAUGGGGAGUUAGGUAACGCCAUGAACAAGUUCUUGAAUGAAAACUGGCAGAAGCUGGCCGAGGAGCUGCAGACGCCGCUGGAGGAGGCUCUGCGCGACUUCCUCAAGCCGCUGGCCGACCACGCCUUCGGCAUGCUCCGCGCCGACGACGUGCUGGUUCUCUGACCGCACACCCACCGCCGACCAUCAUACCACAUCAACCUACAAACUCAUUCCUUAAAAGUCGUUCCACUUUGCUUUAACCCAUUUAGACAAAUUUACUGCACAAAAUACCGUUAAUUACCUACCCUCAAAUUUUAACUUAAGUAUAGUUGAGCUCAAAUUAGGUGAACUAUUUACACUCCACCAACCUAAGCCGAAAGGGGCUUCUGAUAGCUCUGCUUUUACGUAAGCCAUCUGUAUUUUACAAUGUCUUAAACUUAAUUAACAAAAACACAGUACAAGUACCUGUUUAUUUAUUACCUAGGUUAAGAUCACAAUUUAAAAAAUAAAUGAUUCGAAAUAUU